UCGGAUCACCAUCCACAAUCAUUCGCGCAUAGCUAUCUUCACUACACCAGCUAGCUGAUGGACCCGGGUCGUAUCUUGGCUGGUGACAGGAGUCGAGGUGAACAGCCGAAAGGAAUAAAUCUGGCUGAAAUUCCUUGUGCUCCUAAUUCACCACUACACUCAACAACUGUCACUGUCAUACUCGCGGAGCCCGAACCACCAAAUGGCGGGUACGGCUGGGUGUGCACUGCCUGCAUGUUCCUGGUGAACGCGCAGACCUGGGGCGUCAACAGCGCGUGGAGUGUCUUUUUGGCAUAUUUCCUGGCACAUUCUACAUUUGAGGGAGCUACACAGUUCCAGAUGGCACUGGUCGGCGGUCUGUCCGUCUCUCAGUGUCUGCUCAUUGGCCCCAUUGUCACGAUGGUGCAUCGACGCCUCGGCCUGCGGUUCGUGAUGGUCUUGGGCACACUGCUGCUUUCAGUGGCUCUGGUGGGCUCCUCGUUCGCCAGCAAAAUAUGGCAUCUCUUCCUCAGCCAGGGUGUCUUCUUCGGCUGGGGCAUGGGCUUUCUCUACCUGCCUGCCCUCUCGGCUCUCCCCGCGUGGUUUUCAUCUAAGCGGAGCCUGGCCUGUGGCCUUGCCGCAUCGGGUGCUGGAAUGGGAGGACUGCUGUAUAAUUUAGCAGCCGGGUACGCAGUUCAGAAAAUCGGCGUGGCAUGGAGCUAUCGGGUCUUUGCACUGGUCGGGCUCGCCGUCAACCUGGUGUGCGCCCUGGUGAUGAAAGAGUGGGGGGGAUCUUCCGAACACAAUCAUCGAUACAUCAGAAUCCAUGAGUUCAAACAUCUAGGGCUGAUCCUGAUCGCGCUGUGGGGGAUAGUGACCGAGUUCGGCUACAUUACUCUGCUCUAUUCUCUCCCAGCAUAUGCGGCCUCCAUCGAGCUCGACACGCAACAGGGAUCCAUGGCCAGCGCGAUGUUGAACCUGGGUCUUGUCGUGGGUCGCCCGCUGGUGGGCCACUUUAGCGAUCAGUAUGGCCGGAUUAACGUAUCAAUGGCGAUGACCGGUCUCUGUGGGGUUCUCUGCUUCGCGCUCUGGAUGCCUGCCACCUCCUACGGCCUGUUGCUGGCCUUUGCCACUCUGGUCGGAAUGAUCUGCGGCACGUUCUGGAGCGCCGUCAGCGCGGUGACGGCCGAGGUCGUCGGGGUGCAGCGGGUAUCGCCUGCUUUCUCGUUGAUCUGCAUCGCGCUGGUGGCGCCGACAACCUUCGCCGAACCCGCCGCCCUGACUCUGUCCACCUGGUCUGGAUACCAGGGCACGCAGAUCUUCGUGGCCUGCAUGUUCCUGGCAGGCAGUCUUUGUCUGUGGCUGCUGAGAUCCUGGCAGCUGUUCGUGAUCGAGCGGAAGGGCCGACUUGCACGAGAUGAAGAGUCAUCGUCUCACCGGGAGCUCCUCUCGAUCGUGGCUUAUAUGGACUGGAUCAGUGUGCGAAAGCUGUUUCUCAGCGGUCGUGUCUAGCCUUGAGUACGGAGUACUUCAGGUGAUGAUAUGACGAUCAAUGAACCUUCAUGUCCGAUUGACUUUACGACUCUUCUCAUUCCACUACUACUCCCUCCCUCAUUUAGAAACAUAAAAUG